CUUAAACAAACAUCCCCCAAGUCCAGAUCCGAGUGAGAUAUAGAAAAGUAGGCGGGAGUGAAACAAAUGAAAUUACAAUUCAAAUAAAAUUACAUUUACUUCCUCAACCUUUCCCACUUUCCAGUUUCCGCCCAUUUCAAUUUAUUCUCUCCCCUCAAUUAGGGCGAAUUCAUUUCGCUGUAAUGAAAUUCCCCCAUUUAGUCCAACCCUAAUUCUUCUGAUAAUUUAUAAUCCACUCAGUGAGUGGGAAAGACUGCUGUAAAUUUAGUAUGGCCAAAGUUGCUGCACCACCGGGUUCUUUGCCUUCGGAUUCGCUUCCUUAUUGUGGUACUUCUAUGAAUGGUCGUCCUGUUUCUAAGAGAAAGACCCCUUCUGAAUUGAGGGGAGAGCAAUUAAAGAGAAGAACUACAAUUGGGAUUUUAUUAGAAUCUGAUGCUCCCUUAGAAAAUGACAAUGUGGGUACUUCAACUAGUAAACCACAAAGCUUGAAGAAUACAAGAUAUGUAGACAAGCGUUUAGAUGAAGUUUAUCCUGCUAGAAAACCUACUAGUAGGUUUACUGUGCUCGUUGGGAAAUCAAGUUCUAAGGAAAAUCAAGUCAUUCAGGAAAAGAGCGGCUUAAAUAGUUGUUUCCCCUCACAUUUGACUCCCAAGAAUCGCCAAGUACUUAAUAGUAAAUCUGUAUCGGUUGUAAAAGCCACGGACUCUGUUCUGCGACAAUGUGAGAAAGGCAACAAAAGCACAUUUCUUAGUGUACAUGAGCUUUCAUUUGGUGGCAACAAAUUAACAAAGCCGGGCACAGUUGAUGUGGAUAAAGCAUUGAAAGGAUUAGCUGCUCAUGAGCAAUCUGGUUCAUGUUCUCCACAAAGCUCGAUUGGAAAGUCUGGAGAUGUAAAAUCAACUUUUAGCAACUUUUGUUCGGAAUUACAUAUUCCUGGGAUGAAAGCUCCUCUUGAUUUUACCUUAAAAACUACUAUGCGUAUAGUAUCCUCGUCACCUUUGGACUGGUUCCACAAGUUACUUAUGGGUGACACUUUUAUUGGAUUGACCCCUUUCAAAUUUGGAAUCUCCGGCAAUGCAAAUAGUAGCUUAGUCUCAAACACUCCAGCUUCUUCAGAUUCUUACAAUUUUCGGUCUUGGGUAUACCCUCAGUCAUCAUUGCCUGCUUCUGUAAUAUCAGUGUUGAGCUCAUCUUCUGGUGGAGCCGAAAUAGAUUUUUUAGGUAAACGCCAACUAGCUUGGGAGGACUCUUUUAGAAGCCUCUACUACAUGCUAAGAAAUAGUGGGUGCAAUUUUUUCUAUGUUUGCACUUCACAGUUUGUUGUAAUCUUCACUGCUCAUGAUGAUGUGGGGAAAGUUAAGCGCAUGUGCAAUGCAUAUAUUUCUCGAUCUACAAGAGGUUUAAGAUCCUUGUUGAAGGAGCACGAUAUCAGUUUCUCUAUGCCAUUAUGUUCUGAAGUGGAGCAGAUUAGUAGAGAGGAUUUGGUUGAGCUCUCUGAGAUUGAGAAGCAUAAUUUAGGACAGGCUAAACGUUUUAGUUCAACGCCUGAUGUGGAUAACAGUCCAAAGUCUUUGUUAGCCUUCAAUGGUAAUUAUAGUGUUCAUGGCCUAUACGAUUUUCUGCUAAAUUACAGAUCAUUGUUGACUACAUUGAGCAGUAUGGAUGUACCUGUGCUGUGUGCUCCCAUACCUUUCCUUAAUGCUGCAAUUUCUUCCCCACAGGUGAGGUGCAAGGAAAUCAGAAAAGUUGAGGGCUUGCAGUCAAAAGGACUGUUUACCAAAGUUGGGGAGUCAGUCGAGAAUUCAAAGAGUGAUACCUGCUACAGCAUUGAAGUAAAUGACAUGUAUCUGCCGCCCUGGAUAAUUUGCUCCAUGUGCUCGGCGAUCAGCUCUACUAGGAGCAGUUUUGAGGCAAGCUUUGUAACAGACCCUAACUCCAUGGGAUUGAAUGCUGCUCUUGAAGCAGCGGUCAGUCAAAAUUUCAACACUGACGAAACUUGCGGAGAUUCAGAAGGAGAUGCACAUCCUUUAACAUUUGGUAUGUCAACCGCUGUGGUUACUCCUAGCUUGAGUUCUGCAUGUUUGAAGGGCUUGAAGUUUUCUGUUGGGUCUUAUAUGGCUUCGCUUUCACCUGUUUGAACCAAUUUUAACCUUUUGCGGUCUAUGGAGGAGCUAUUAUGAGAAAUGAUGUAUGAUCUCCGUCUUGGUUUUAUGUCAAUCGUACUCAUCCUCACUCAAAUGGAUUAUAUGCUAUCAUAUGUUCACCGUUGUCCUCAGUCCACCUCAAAUGUCAAUUGUACUGUUUUAGUAAACUUGUCUUUCUAUCAUGUAUUUGGGGGACGGGGAAGCAACAUUGGUUUGUAAAUGCAAGUUCAUAGACUAAGAUUUUAACAUUUAGUAUUUUGUUUUCUCUUUAUAGUUCUGUUUUUUUAUUUGACAAUAAAAAGACAUAAUUUUUUUUGCCUA